GCAGUCAGUAUCGUCGCGAUCAUGGCUACGGACGGACGUACGAAGCGCUCGCAAUCGAUAUGCGCGCCCGCCUCCGCGAGUAUGGAAGCCCUCGCCGCGCCGAUGGAGACGACUCCGGCGCCUCGGCGCAGGCCGGCUACGCGUUCUCAGUCCGCAAGGAUCACGGGUGGCCGAUCUGUGAGACAUAGGCGACAACAACAGCAGCAGCAACAGUUGGAUCGGGAGACACGAGCUAGAUAUAGUUCCGAGCCGCGCUUAGCCGAAGCGGAAACUCCUCCUCAAGUCAGGAGACAGGCAUCAGCUCGGCGACGACCUCCCGCUGGACAGCACAGCCAGCCCCGACGUUCAAAUGCCUUCCUCGACGUGCCGAGGACCACACAUCAGCAGCCCGAAGAGGAGCCUGACGAAGACUCUUAUAGACUACGUACCUUCAACAUCACACAGAAAGGAGGCAUAGUGAACCGAGGUGACUCGUUCCGACGACGUCGAUCGCGCUCCGGCAGCCUUGCACCAUCAUCGCCCGCACAAUCUGCACCAGAGUCCCAAGAACGACGUCCAGUAGCAUGCCAUCGCGUUGCGAUGGUCGGCGCUCCUGGAGUUGGCAAAACUGCGCUUAUCAGCCAGUUUCAAACAAGCGAAUGUAUAAACGCUUAUGACAGGCAGAGAGAUAUCGACAGUUCAGAACAGAAAGUGUCCAUUAUGCUGAAUGGUGAAGAGUCAGAACUAUACUUUGUGAAUUGCACAAGCACUAAGGAAGAAAUUGAUCGUUCAGAGCCACCAGACGCAUUUGUGGUUAUUUACUCCGUGGUGGACAAGGCAUCGUUCCAGAAGGCUGAACAGGAACUGGCGAGACUUAUUGAUUUCGACAUGCUGAGGGCCCGACCGGCGCUGCUCGUUGGUAACAAAAUUGACCUGGCAAGGAGUAGAGCUGUUUCUACUCAAGACGGCAAGUGUCUCGCGUGCACGUACAAAGCGAAGUUUAUAGAAGUGUCUGUUGGAAUUAACCACAACGUCGACGAAUUACUCGUGGGUAUUCUUAAUCAAAUACGACUGAAAAGGCAGCAAUAUUCGGCUGACGGUGGCAGGGAGUCCUCCCCCGCACAUUGGUACAAAUCGAGGGGUGUCGUUCGAGCGAGUAUGAAAGCCAGGCAGAUGUUAACGUGGAUAUUUGGUAAAGAAGAUUCGAAAUUCAAAAACUGUGAAAAUUUACACGUCCUGUGAGUGGAAAGUGAAGGGCCCGUGUUUGUGUAAUGGACAAUUAACCGCGGGCUUAUAUAUAUAAUUAAUUAUUAUGUCAUCUUUGGUUAAGUUUGGUGCUGUGUUGUUUAUUAUGCAUAAAAUAUCAUUGCAAAAACGACUUUUUAUUAGUCGAAACCAAAUUCAUAAUCUGUUACUUAUAGCGAUUUAAAAAAAAAAAAAAAGUUACUGCGUAAAGGUAAACAACAUGGCGCCCUCUUUAUAUCGUUAUUUAAUGCCAAAUAAUACUUUGUAAUAUUAGAUGUAUGUGCCAAGUUUUUGGAGGGAAUUUAAUCGUAUUCGUCUAGCGUAAGUAUAUAUAUAUGUGUGUAAGUGAAAUAAGUAUUUUCCCUGAUUACAUAGGUUUGACGUCAUUUUACAAUCAGCAAUACUGCAUAACAUAAGUACAUUAGUCAUUCAAAUUACUAUAUAACAAUAUUACACAUUUUACAAAAUACAUGUAAAAACAUUAUAAAUCAGUAAAAUUACAAUGUUAU